ACCUCUAUCAGCCUUUUUAUUUUUCCUCACUGGACGUGUGUUGUUCGGCAUUCAUUCGCCGCGUAUGUCAGCCGAUUUGGAUUAUGUCUCGUGUUAAAGGUAUGGUCUUAGUGAGGUGGUUGACCGUAUUAUCUGCCGUCCUCGUUCUCUCUCAGCCCGCCUCCGCCUCCGCCAUGCCCUUGGUCCCAAGCCUUCCGAAGACCGUGGAAGAGCAGGGCGUGUCCCUCGUCAACAUCUGGAACCACGCCCUCAGGAACCAGAAGGACGAAGGCGGCAGUCCCCUUGUGAGGAGCGAACCAGGUCCCAGGACGAUUCUGGCCCCAAGUCCGUUCCUGAUGAUGAACCUGGUGCCCCAAGACGCGAUCCACCCACUCUACAAGGACGCCGACCUUCGCACGGAGUUUCUUCUGGACUACAUGCUCGAAGCCGCCGUUUCCCCCGACGACCCGAAGCUGGCGGAGGAGGAGGGGCUGACGGUGCCCAAUCUGUUCGGGAAAUCGAUCACCUUUAGGAAGGACGCCGAGGGAAAAGUGAGCGUCGAAGGGCAGACUGUUGAGGAUUCGAAGCAGCUCUCGGACGGGAUUUUGCUCUACCAGCUCCCCGGGUUCUUGUUCGACCACCAGCAGCGUGUCAGGGAGGCUUUCGAAGUGCUGCAGAAGGAGGCCCCGAGAUACGGUCCUUUUGGGAGGCCCCUGAACAUGCCCAUGCCUCCAAUGAAACCGCCGCAAUAAGAAACUAUUGAUUGAGGUUUUAGUCACUUAGUAUUUUAACAAAAAAAUAUUUUACUCUUUAUGGGCUUUAACUUUUUUCAAUAAUCAUAUAUUUUGAUAGAAUGAACGCAAAACUACCAUCUUGGAUAAAGGAAAAGUAAAUGAAAAUAAUAAAAUUGGAUAAUGACUAA